AUGCCAGCUUCAGAUCCUCCCACCGAGCAUAUCCCCUCCCCUCAGUCCGAAUUAGGCUCAUCCAAACCUCUGCUCGACAGCAAUGGCUGGGACGGGAAACUCAGGCAUCCUUCGAAGGAGACUAGCACUUCGUCCGCCAGUUCAAACUGCAAACCCACUCUCACAAAUCCCGAAGCCCUUACAGACCCCGACUACUCUGACCCAGAUGCUCCACCACCAGACGUCGUCCCCGCAGACGAAGAUCUACUCGAUGACUACCCCACCGACAGCACAGACAUCGACCUUGUACACUGCCGUAUUAGCUCAAUCCCAUCCCUUCGCCUCUCCCGCUUCAUUGCGGUAGAACGACUAUGUCUGCGCCAGAACACCAUCUCCUCGAUCGAGUUUCCGGAGAGUUUCGGGCAGAAAUUGCAGGAUUUGGAUCUGUACGAUAAUCUGAUCAAGCAUGUAGAUGGGCUGGAAGGGCUUGCUGGAAGUUUAGAGAGUCUGGAUUUGAGUUUCAACAAGAUCAAACACAUUCAAGGGCUGGAUAAACUGAAGGAACUCAGGGAUCUGUAUUUUGUCCAGAACCGUAUACAAAAGAUUGAGGGUUUGGAGGGUUUAGGAAAGCUCAGAAUGUUAGAGCUGGCGGCGAAUAGAAUACGUGAUAUUGAGAAUUUGGAAAAUCUGACUUCGAUAGAGGAACUUUGGCUUGGGAAGAAUAAGAUUGCAGAGAUCAAGGUGGGCGGAAUCCAGCCUGUCCCAUACUUCGCUCCCACAGAAUAUGCUGACGUGCGUCAGAACCUUUCUACCCUGACAUCCUUGAAACUCCUCUCCAUACAGUCUAACCGUCUUACCUCGAUUUCUGGACUGUCAGCCCUUACCAACCUUGAAGAACUUUACAUCUCCCACAAUGCCUUGACGCAGAUAUCUGGUCUCGACACCAACACCAGACUCCGCGUCCUUGACGUCUCCAACAAUCCAAUCUCGCAUCUGGAGAACCUUUCUCAUCUUAGCCAUCUGGAAGAGCUUUGGGCAUCAAAUUGCCAGAUAGGGGAUUUCACAGAAGUGGAGAGAGAGUUGAAGAACAAGCAAGAGCUAACGACGGUGUACUUCGAAGGAAACCCUUUACAAACGAAGGGGCCUGCGGUGUAUAGAAACAAGAUCAGACUGGCCUUGCCACAACUGAAGCAGAUUGACGCUACGUAUGUCAGGGUCUCGUGA